ACCUCAAGGGGGCAGCAGUCAAUGAUAGAGUAGUAUGGUUACAGCGACGUUAGCGGGGACGGAAGUAGUGUCGCUUUAGUUUGCUAGCUACUCACCUAGCCUUAACAAUAGCUUGUGAAUAUUCGUAAUAACUGUCCUUGUAGCUUUCACGUUUGGCAGAAACGUUCACGGCAAUAUUAAGAAAACAAGUCUUGUAAAAUCGCUACUUGGCUGUUUGCAGCUCUGUGUAAGUAAACGUAUCUUAGAAAUGACAACGUUAGCGUUAGCCUUUAGCUAGGAGCGUAUUCGUUGGACAGUACCGCUUCGCUGAAUGAGCGCAUGUGAAUGAAUGAACAGUAUUUACGUUUGACAGGUUGUUAGCAACGUUAAUUACCGACAUAUUUAGUCAUGACUACUGGGGCUGAUGUCCGGGAUAUUCUGGAGUUGGCUGGAGCGGAUAAUGACGGUCCUAUCAGCAAGAAAGAUCUCAUCAACUCAGACAAGAAAAAAACCAAGAAGACAACAGAAACGCUGACCUUCAAGAGACCGGAGGGAAUGCACCGAGAGGUCUAUGCUCUGCUCUAUUCAGAUAAAAAAGAUGCGCCCCCUUUGCUGCCCAGUGAUACUACUCAGGGCUACAGGACCGUCAAAGCCAAGCUGGGCUGUAAAAAAGUGCGUCCCUGGAAAUGGAUGCCGUUUUCCAAUCCAGCUCGCAGGGACGGGGCUAUAUUCCACCACUGGAGACGUGUGGCAGAGGAGGGCAAGGACUACCCUUUUUCCCGCUUCAACAAGACAGUGCUGGUGCCAGUGUACUCUGAGCAGGAGUAUCAGAUGCAUCUUCAUGACGAUGGCUGGACUAAGGCAGAGACAGACCACCUGUUUGACCUGAGCAAGCGCUUUGACCUGCGCUUCGUUGUUGUCCACGACCGUUACGACCACCAGCAAUACAGAAAACGUUCUGUGGAGGACCUGAAAGAACGAUAUUAUAGUAUUUGCGGUAAGCUGACCAAGGUGCGUGCAGCUUCAGGGACAGAGCCCAAGAUCUACAUCUUUGAUGCCGGGCACGAGAGACGCCGUAAAGAGCAACUUGACAAGCUCUUUAACCGCACACCUGAACAAGUGGCAGAAGAGGAAUAUCUUAUGCAGGAGCUGAGGAAGAUUGAGACGAGAAAGAGAGAGCGUGAGAAGAAGGCCCAGGAUCUGCAGAAACUCAUUAAAGCAGCGGACACGACCACAGAGUUGAGACGAGCCGAAAAGAGAGUUUCCAAGAAGAAGCUCCCACAAAAAAGAGAAACAGAAAAACCGGCUGUUCCAGAAACAGCUGGCAUCAAGUUCCCUGACUUCAAAUCAGCGGGAGUCACACUGCGCAGUCAGAGGAUGAAGCUGCCAAACUCUGUAGGCCAGAAGAAGAUCAAGGCCAUUGAGCAGAUCCUGCAGGAACAAGGAGUCGAUCUGAACCCCAUGCCCACAGAGGAGAUCGUUCAGAUGUUCAAUGAGCUGCGCAGCGACCUGGUGCUGCUGUAUGAGCUGAAGCAGGCCCACAGCAACUGUGAAUACGAGCAGCAGAUGCUGCGCCAUCGCUACGAGGCCCUCAUGAAGGCCGGCAACGGAGGCGGGUUUGGUGGAACUAUAGGGAUCUUACCAGCUGCCGUAACACAGGGUGGAGAACUCAAUGCCAUCAACAGCACUACAGCAUCCACCCCGGGGGGGGAAGCUCCGUCCUGGCCCUGUGCUGACGACAUCAAGGUGGAAGCCAAAGAGCAAAUCAUCGAUGUUGUAGGAGCGCCACUCACCCCCAACUCUCGCAAACGGAGAGAGUCGGCGUCCAGCUCGUCUUCAGUGAAGAAGGUGAAGAAGCCUUGAUGAGCACGAGAGCGCCGGCUGGUUGAGGGUGGAGGACGUGCAAGUUACUCCGGUCACAGUGGAGACACCACGAGUAUUAUGGUUGGACAUCAGAGACACUGGGGAGCAGGACACCACAUUGCUGUCCACUUACGUAGAAGCCCCACUGACUACACACACACACACACACACACACACACACACACGCAACCUUUCACCGACCAGCGAGAGACCUCUCCAACCCCUCCCCAUCUGGCCCGGCCAGCAUCUUUGUGACAAAGGCAACAACUGAGUGACAUUUCAUUCCAUUACCGCCCGUCCCCCGGCCUCCACCAUUGCUCAGCAUCAGAUGAGGCGAGAUCAACUGUAAAUUGCCCGGCUGAGCUAAUCGGGACACGGGGAAGAAGGUGGGAACGACUGGGUAAUUGAAAUGAAUUGGAAUGAAAGAAGAGACUCUGGGAGUGGGAGGACCUUGAGCUGCAACGCUCACUUGACCCAUCUUGAGUUUUUUUUCCCGCCGCCUAAUCAUGCCAUAGUGUUUACUGGAAAUGUGUUUUUGUGUUAGCCUUUAGUACCGGCUGGAGCUCCCAGAGUGCACCUGGCUCUGUGAUAGACGCUUUCUGUUGAGCUCGUGGGACUGUGUUGUUUGUCCUCGGGUGACCUUGAAGAUGCUUUAGUCAAUGAUUCAAUAAACCUCAUUGUUUUUUUCUU